GGGCGGGACUUGCUGAUGACUGACUGCCCUUUGACGGGAGGAUCUGCGCGUGCAGCCAGGCAAGCUGAGUGCGCAGCAGACGAGGGGGCGGGUCAGUUUGCAAUGGAGGACUCCAUUGAGGUGAUUCUGCAAGACUGUGGCAGGGUCCUUCCUACCAGCAGACCCCAUCCUGUGGUGUCGGCCUGCACGGGUGCUCUGCUCACAGGGUUGUAUGGAGUGUGGAGUCUCUUUGUAACGCCCGGAUUUCGUAAAGUCCCGUGGAGGCUCAAGGUUCCUUAUUUGCCCUCCAGUAAAGAUCAGACACUGAACACCAUGAAGCUCCUUCAGGGACGAACAGGUCGCUUAGCAGAUCUGGGAUCAGGAGAUGGAAGACUGGUGUUUGCUGCCUCCUCUGCUGGUUUCCAGUGCGCAGGCUUUGAGAUUAACUCCAUUUUGGUGGCCUAUGCAAGGAGCAAGGCUCUCUGGACAGGAGUGCCCCCUUGCCAGGCGACCUUUGUUAAAAAAGACUUCUGGAAAACCGAUUUGUCUUCCUAUAACAAUGUGACAGCUUUCCUUGCCCCAGGAGUGAUGGGUGUGCUGGGUGAGAAGCUGUUGAAAGAGCUUCCUGAUGAUGCACGUGUCAUUGCUUGUCGUUUUCCGUUCCCCAACUGGCCACACCAAUCAUCUGUCGGCUCGGGUCUUGACGAGACUUUUGCGUAUGACAUCGGCACCGUGCGCUCACACCUGAGAAAUGUACCGAACAUGACAGUGUAAUAAGUCACAUUAUCUGGGUUAUUUUGUUACCCAUGAUCUAUCAUUCUCAGCAGCACUAAAACCUUCAGAUACUUUUCUGAGAAUAGAAAUGAAUAAAAAUGUGAUGCUUAAAGGAAAACCUCUGAAAAAGCAGGUGAUUGUGAACACACUAGGGAAAUUGCUGGUUUCAGUCAAUUACAAGAUCAGCAGUAAUGCUUUUGGAAGAUGUUUUUGAACAUUACAGGGAUGACAGGGACUCUGACUAAGCAAGAUGUGUGGAUGAUUUCUACAUCAUUUAGCCCCUGCAGUAUUUGUUCUGGCGCUGCCAGUACAGUCUGAGUCUUUGCCAUAUUGCUGACAAUAAAAUACCAUCAUGCACCAGUAUCUAAGAUAUGCCUCUGGCGGUAGCUCUUCCAUUACAGAUAAUUUUACUUCCACGCCAGCACUAACAAACCCCCAUUGUAGCUUGCUGCAGGGGGACUGUGAGUUCAGUGUUUUUGUUUGUAUGCAGUAGUUCUGUUCCACUUGCCCUGUGGGGUUGCAGUUAGAUUCACAUGUUGUGUUAUACUUUUGUUUGUUAAAAAAAAAAUCAAUCCAUAGGUAUCCAGUUCAAGGCUGCUCUAACAUCAUUCUGUGGGUGUCUGAGUCAGCCAGUGAGCUUUAGGCACACAUUUACUUUUGUGCUAUACACCUCACAGGUAGUCUAAAACACUGUAAUUAUCUGCGUUACCUGAUCCUUGGGGCUCAUGUGGAAUAUGUAACUGGGUAAAGAGAUUGGCACUUUAGUCUGUUUGUCUGGUCGUUUGUUUGUCAGCACUUAACAGAGUUUAAUAAAAUUUGCUGGAAUGUUUGACCAUUUGCCAAUAACAA